AUGGCUCCUCCAGACCUAAACUCUCUUCCGCCCUCCAGAUCGAUGUCUUCCUCACCGAUGCAACCCCGCUCCCUGCAGUCUACCACCAUUCCUCCCAACCGCCAACAAACCCCUUCUCCUCGAAGCUCUUCCAUAUCUCUCGCUGCGGCCGCUGUGACAAAUGCUGCAAAUGAGUCCAGGAGGUCCUCUUUGAGCAACAGGGGCUCUCCCCGCUUGGGUCGGAUGCCCAGUGAUCGUCGUCGCUCGCAGGUCGCCAUGAACCUCAACCUGAACGAUCCGAGCAUUCCCAGUCCCGGCGAACUCUCCAGUAGCGAUCCGAGAAUCGGGUUCGGUCACAGCUACGCCUCUGCGAGCCCCCCUACCAUAGGUGGAAGGUCUGCUAUUGCCACAGGCGAUCCGCACCAUCAGCGUCAGCCCAGUCUCGGAGAAAUUCAUAAUGAGCUAGAACAGGAGCAAGAAGCGCAAGUAAAUCGGAUGCUACAGAUGAUCCGAGAGCAACAGCUGCAACUUGACGCACUCCGAAACAGUCAAGGCCAGAACGGGCAUCACUCCCGGCAGUCCUCACAACCCAACUCGGCUCUGGCUGGCAGCAGCACCGCAGUGGUCGACGACGAAACGCCUGCUUCGGAACGCUCGAUAAUCUUUCCAUCGGUUCACCCCGCAGUUCCCACUGUCCCUCCGCUCACAAGACGCAUCUCGCGCGGACCUUCUAGCGCAAGCCGUUCGCCAGCCCUCCGACCACAGCCAGGCCAGGACUCAAGCACCGGCAAUACUACAAGUGGUGAUUGGCCCCCAUCGCCCCUCGAGUCAAUCAGCACGGCACGGAGAAACAGUUUCCGCGACGAGACUGCCUUUUACCAGGCAGAGACCGCCAACUUGACUCGCGAGAAUCAGAUGCUGAGAAUGCGGAUUCGCGAACUGGAAAAGCAGAUCAGCGAACUGACCGCCGCUCCGGCAAAUACCCCUGCCACACCCUCUAACCUAGUCAGCAAUCCCCCGGUAAAUAACGCACCGACAACAGCUGCUCAGGAAGAAGCUUCUGCUGCGGCCGAGGUGGCACGGGUCACCAUCGAACCGGACAAAGCUUGA